UUUACCUCCGAUCCAUAAUACCACUAUACUUUCCCCCAUCCUCACUCACAUAUUCCUCACUAUCAGGGAAAACCUAUUAUACUUUAUCGUAUCUUAUCAGAAACCAAACAAUGUCUGACAACGAAGAUCUCGAUUCUAAUGAUGUCGAACAAACGACUUGUCCAAUGACCAGUUCUGAUCUGAGGAAGGGUGGCUAUGUUGUGAUAAAGUGUCGGCCCUGCAAGAUUGUUGAGAUGUCCAUGUCUAAGACCGGUAAGCAUGGACAUACCAAGGUUCAUUUUGUUGGCAUUGAUAUCUUCACGGGUAAGAAACUAGAGGAUAUUUGCCCGAGCACUCAUACUAUGGACGUUCCGGUUGUUCAUAGACAAGAAUAUCAGUUGGAUGGAAUCGAUGAUGAUGAUGAUGAUGAUGAUGACGGAUGCCUUUUAUUGACCGACAUGAAUGGCAAUACUAAAAACGAUGUUCCUGUACCUCAAGGAGUACUUGGUCUCGCCAUUAGGGAUAGUCUGGACAGCGGCGAUUCCAGCAUCGUUACGGUUAUCAAUGCUUUGGGUGAGGAGGCAUGUAUAAGCAUUAAAGAUGCGGAAUAACGUGAACUCGAGACUUGACCAUCUCAAGUUCUAUGAUUAUGUUUCGAGACGGUAUCAAAAUUUAGGCCAUAUAUGAUAUAUCUCAUAAGAGACCUCUUCUAGUUCCUAGUCCAUAUUCUUGAUAAUUAUAACAUCCAAUUUCCACUAUUUUAA